GAAAUCCCUUUGCCUUCAUGUCCCAGGUCGCACCGCGGCAAUGCGCAUGCGUACUACGCAGUGCGUGCGGAGGGAUCACGUGUGCGGUGUUGGUCAGUGAUCCGCAGCCGUGCGUUUUCGGCCCCGCGUGUCCGCGUCGUGGUGACCUUCACGCAAAGAAUGAGCGACAACGAUGACAUCGAGGUGGACAGUGACGAAGACUCUCCGAGGUUUCACUCCGUGGCAGACAAACGUGCACACCACAAUGCGCUGGAGCGCAAGCGCAGAGACCACAUCAAAGACAGCUUCCACAGCCUGCGGGACUCGGUUCCAUCGCUGCAGGGGGAGAAGCCGUCUGCCAAACAGGCGUCCCGAGCUCAGAUCCUAGACAAAGCCACAGAGUACAUCCAGUACAUGAGGAGGAAAAACCACACCCACCAGCAGGACAUCGACGACCUGAAGAGGCAGAACGCACUGCUGGAGCAACAAGUGCGCGCUCUGGAGAGGGUGAAGGGCUCGUCGCAGCUGCAGAGCAGCUACUCGUCGUCCGACAGCAGCCUGUACACCAACCCCAAAGGCAGCGCCGUGUCGGCCUUCGACGGCGGCUCGGACUCCAGCUCCGAGUCUGAGGCGGAGCCCCCCACCCGCAAGAAGCUGCGCUUGGAGGCCAGCUAGAGAGCCAUGGGGGGAACCGUGGUUCCGCCCCCCCAUCAGUUCUGGGUCCUCCGUGGCUGGACUCACACUGGACACUGGUGCCCCCCCCUCUCCUGUCAUCACAGCCUCAGAGGGAGGAAGGAGGAGCUUUAGAGCCCCCCCCAUCCUGCAACAAAAACAGUCCAGACCCAAUAGGCAGCUUGGCCGUGUUUGAACUUGACCCCUCCCCAGAUGCUAUGGGGGUGUGGGGGAGUGCGCUGCUUUA